AUGGUGAAUAACCAUCAAGAUAAGUCAAAGAAAGGGUUGGAAGGCACUGCCUUAGAUUUACCCAUCAACCGCCAUGCCAAUUUGAAAAGUGCUAUCAGCGACGACGACUUCACCAACCUUCUCGCACACAUCAAAUCCUCUAAAACCCCCGCUGUUAUCAAUUAUGGCGCUUCUUGGUGUCGCGUCUGUAGCCAAAUUCUCCCAGCAUUCUGUAGACUGAGCAAUAAUUAUCCGAAGCUUACCUUUGUGUAUGCAGACAUUGAUGAAUGCCCGGAAACAACUCAACACAUUCGCUACACCCCCACCUUCCAAUUUUACCGGAAUGGUGAAAAGGUAGAUGAGAUGUAUGGCACUGGAGAAGAGAGGCUCCAUGAUCGCCUGUGGUUGCACUCUUAA